AUAGCAGUCUGUUGUUUUGUGCAAGCUCUGUAUAGUAUACAGAACAGGCCAUUACAACAAGCUGUUGGAUGUUAUUUAAAUUAUAUGAAAUUUGGAGUGUGGCCCUGGGCCAGAUUCUAGGAUGCACACCCCUGGUGGGAUAACUGAACAAAACGUAUUUUUCAUUGGGUUGAAGUGAUACUUCAAUCCUUUCUGGGAUGAAAUGCAGUGUGUUUAUGGAAUUUUCCCCAAGUUACUGUACUUUGGAGGAGAAAAUGCAUGGAAACUUGCACUGAUUGAUGCAUAACAUGAUCCCACAGAUACAGCUGGAAUUGCUGAUUAUAUCUUUGAAUUUCAAGUUGUUGCAAGGACCUGAUUCUCCCUGAAAGAAUUUUAGAGUUAUGUGCAUGUGCAGAAAGAUUUCCUUGUAUUUUUACAGGCCUCCUCAGAACUUCUGGUGGGGUAAAAGCUGCGUGGGGAUCUCUACAGCUGCAAGAUUUGUGGUCCCCACUCACUUGGGCUCCUUGGUCUGUGGCUGUGGCACCUAUUUUCCUGUUCAGCAUUUCCUUGGAUGAUGGUGCUCUGUUUUCUGAGCAGAACCCUGCCACGAGCGAGGCAUUCACCCAGCCCACUGAGGAGCCAACUCUGCACAGCCAGCACGAAUAAGCCAGUGUUGACUUUAUUCACCAAGAAACCAUGCCCUUUGUGUGAUGAAGCAAAAGAAGUUCUUGAGCCAUACAAGAGAAGGUUUAUUCUGCAGGAGGUGGAUAUUACUCUUCCAGAGAACUCAGCAUGGUAUGAUAAAUAUAAAUAUGACAUACCUGUUUUUCAUUUAAAUGGGAAGUUCUUAAUGAAGCAUCGAGUCAACAUUCAAAAGUUUGAGGAGCGACUUAGGAAGCUGGAGUUGCAAAGUGAGGGAAACUAGUAAGGAGAAUGCAGCUGUUCUGAUGCAGAUCUCAAAGGUGAAAAGGACUCUGUGAAGAAAACCAUAUUCAUUAUCUGGCCUUAAAUUUCUUAGGACAUAUGAGUCUGAAAAACUUGAGUGACUUGUGUUCUAUUUUGUAUUAAUCACCCAGUCCAGCUGCACCAGAAGCCACAUUUUCUGUGCCAUUCAUUUGCUGUUCUUGGGGGCUGGUUUUUCACUGACAGAAUAAAAGUCGCUCCAUAACACCAGAUAAAGUAAAUUCUGUUUGUGUGGGAUUGGCAUGGCCAAGUUUGGGUAGUGAGGGGUGGUACAGGGGGGUUUCUCUGAGAAGCUGCUGGGAGCUUCCUCUGUGUCCAGCUGAGCUAGUGCCAGCCAGCUCCAGGAUGGACCUUCUGGCCACAUCCAAGACCAUCAGUGAUGAUGAGGAAGAAGGAGAGAACGUUUAAUAAAAUGACCACAAACCCAUUUCUCCAUCUAAACCGCUGAGGGGAAAGAGGAAGAGAAAACUGAGAGUGAAGUUAAACCUGAGAAGAAGGGGAGGGUGGGACAAAGGAAUCUUUAAGAUUGAAUUUCCUUUGUCUUUAUCCUGUUGUGAUUUGAUGGGUAAUAAACUAAUUUCCCUGUCAA